UUGACAUUUUGUUUGCAGUAAAGACUUGACAAUAAACAUUGGUCGGCUGGCUGAUAAAUAUUUUGCACAUUAAUAAAUUAAAAAAUGUUUAUUAAAAGUAACACUAUAUAUGCAUGUUUGAGAUAACGCCAUGGGAACUUUAAAUAUUGCUGAAUGGUCCCCGGACCAAGUCGCAGAGUGGAUGUCAGGACUGGGGCCCAAAGUGGCGCAGUAUGUUCCAGAGCUACACAAGAAAGGAUUAAAUGGCGAGAAAUUGCUUACUCUUCGAUGUGAUGACUUAGAAUAUCUCGGUAUUCACAUAAUAGGCCACCAAGAAUUGAUGUUAGAAGCAGUAGAACAUUUACGAAACUUUCACUAUGAGAUAUCAAGAGAAUGUGUGCAGCAGUUAGCCCUGCGAGUGUCAUCUGCAGCAGGCUCUCUAGCUCGAGCAUUGCGGCAUCAUGUUGAGGCCCGCCUAGAGACUCACUCUUUAGCUGAUGUUGCAAGGACUGUGCAUGCUGUUAAGCCUCUUGUUUGUUGGUUGGACAGGUGGCCGCUAGGCUCCGGGUCACCACUCGCAGAACGCAAGGCAGCUCUAUUGAAGCUAUCCUUAGAAGCAGCCACCUGUGCCCAGAGAGACAGGUUCGCAGAGCAACCCGCCCGAGCGGUGGCCGCGGCGGCCGCGGCUGUCGCCGCCGUCGCGGAUUAUAUCAUUCAGGACGUGUCGGACCCCACCAUCCUGCAGCCGGCGUGGCUGGGCGCCGUGUCGCUGCGCCAGGGCGAGCGCGCGCUGGGCUUCGAGGUGGUGCCGUCCUUCUGCGGACACCACCAGCUCGCGCACAUCCGCUUCGCCUCGCCCGCGCACGCCUCGGGGCUCGUGCACGAGGCCGACGAGAUCGUGCAGGUGGGCGGCAAGUGCGUGAUUGGGUGGAGCGGCGAGGCGGUGGAGCGCCUGUGCUCGCAGACGGCGCGCAGCGGGCUCGACCUGCAGCUGCGACUGCGGCGCCGCGGGGCCCGCGCCCUCCCCGCGCUGCCCACCCCCCCGCUGCGCGCGCCGCGACCCCGCGCGAGGCCGCGUCUGCCGCCCCUGCACGCGCAUCUCCGACUGCACAGGUACGAGCUGGACUUCCCCCGCGCCGAGCGCGCGCCGCCCCCCCCGCCCGCGCCCGCGCCGCGCUCGCCCUCGUCGUCCGACAGCGAGCUGUCGCCGCCCGCCUCGCCCACGCACCCCGACGCCAGCAGACUGUACCCGCCCAAGCCGGUGGCGCAGCGCGCGCGGCGACACUCCGUGUGCGGCGCCGAGCAGCCGCCGCGCCCGCCGCCCGCGCUCGAGCGGUUCUGGAGGGAGCUGCAGCAGCAGCGCUGGGCGCACGGCGGCAGCCCCGAGCCGGACGACUCCACCCUCUACAGACGGGACAAGGCGGUAUCGUGUAGCACGGGCCUCCAGCUGUCGCCUCGGCCGCGAACCUGCCUGGGCGUCCCGCGGCCGCUGCCCGCUCCGCUCCCGGCUCCGCUCGUCGCUCCUCUCCUCGCCCCGUCGCCCGCUCCUCCCGCUGCCGCCGGUCGAGGGAAACUCGACAAGAGUCACUCCACCCCGGCGUACGACUUCGAGCCAUCGUCGGAGCUCGGCUCGCUGGCGGCGCAGACCAUUCCGGAGUCUCCGACUACGCCCACUGCGGACGGGCCGACGCUGCCUCGUCUAGAGAAGGCAGGACAGAUUCUCGACUUUAAGAAGUCGAGCUCGCAGAUCGAGGAGGCGAUUCAGCAAAGAAAUCGACGAGCUAACGUCGACGACGAGAGGUCGGACGUGUUCACCGACGAAGAUAUUAGGCCCAUCGACGAGGACGCCAAGUUGGAAAUCGUCGAGACCGUGAACGUUGUGCUCGGCGACAGAGUCGAAGUGAGCGAGAGGGCGGUGUCGAGGGAGUUUCGAAGGAGCGAGGACGAGGAGAUGCGCGCCUCGGCGAAAGUUUCGGCGGACGAUACGAGUAGCGACGAUCAAAUACCGAUUCCCGUCAAAUACCCCAAGCCGCGAAUAACCGAACGCUACAGGCCGGCCGAGUUUCCCCCCGAGCCUCCCCCGCGCCCGCCCUACGCGCAGCGGGCGGCCCCCCCGCGCCCGCAGCCCGCGCCCCCCCCGCGCGACGGCUCGCUGCAGUCGCUGCGGCCCAUCAGCAAGCGCGACAUCCAGCUCGUGGUGGCGGAGCGGCGCGCCAUGCCGGCGCUCAACGGCGCGGGCGACGCGCGGCGCGACGACAUCGUGCUGGGCGCCGCCAGCGAGCCCGCCGCGCCGCACGCCGGCGUGCGCGGGAUGUUCCCCUCCUCCAAGUCGCGCAGCCUCAAGAAGAAGAACUCCAUCCUGGCCAAGCGGCGCAGCGUGUCGGCGCGCUCGCUGUCGGCGCGCGGCGCGGCGGGGCGCGUGUGGCAGCGGGUGCGCGCGCGCGCCGGCCCGCAGCCGCGCUGGGCCGCGCGACACCUGCUGCUGGCGCACAACCUGCUCUACGCUUAUCGCUCGCCCGAGUGCUCGCGCGCCGACUGCAUGAUCUACCUGGAGGGCUUCACGGUGUGCGCGGCGGGCGAGGUGAAGUCCCGCGCGCACGCCUUCAAGGUGUACCACACGGGCGUCGCCUUCUACUUCGCGUGCGACUCGCGCGAGGCCAUGCUGGCCUGGAUCCAGCUCAUCCACCGUGCCACGCUGCUGCCGUCGCUGCUGUCGUCCGCGAUGGAGCUGUCGAAGCAAUUCUCGGAGACCGAUUACUCGGAGACGGAGUCGGACACGGAAACUUCCGAGAGAAGAAACGAGAGAGAGAGGGAGAGGGAAAAGGAGAGGGAGAAGGAAAAGUCGAAAUUCGGUUCCCUGAAAAAGUUGACGCAUCGGGCCGGUCGGAGCGAGUCGCAGGAGAACGUGAGCCAGGCGGCCGCCACCAGCCUCGACAGGAAGUACCUGAGAUUCUUCUCGAGAGCUAGACCCAAGGAAGAUUCUAAAACUGUGAAGGGCAAGCAGUCGGGCGUGCCCGUGCCCACGGAGCACUACCGCAGCUACCGGCGCGCGGCGCCCGACGCGUCGCCGCCGCCCGCCGCGCGCGCCGCCGCCCCCGCGCGCCCCGCACCCCCCGCGCCCCUCGCGCCCUACAAGCUGCCCAAGCCCAUCAACUACAUACACGCCUCCAACCCGAACUUGCUCGACUUCGAGAAGAGCGAUUUCGUCACCAAGCCCACCAUACAGGUCCCGAAGCCGAAGGUGCACAAGCCGGACAACUUCGUCGGCUUCGUGACGCUGGAGGAGUUCAUGCUGAAGAAGCAGGAGGAGGAGCGGCGACAGGCGCACUGCGAGCGGGCGGGCGGCGCGGGGGGCGCGGGGGGCGCGGGCGGCGCGGGCGGCGCGGGGGGCGCGCGCGAGCUGCAGCGCCGCCUCGACCGCAUCGUGCCCGACGUCAUCUACGGCGAGCUGGCGCGCCACGACGGGGCGGGCGCGGCGGCGCGGGCGGCGCGGCGGGCGGGCGGCGCGGCGACACAGGCCGAGUCCCCGCAGUCCCCGCAGUCCCCGAAGUCCCCGCAGACGCCGCCGACGCCGGCCACGAAUGAGAGCGCGGGCGGCGUGUCGCGCCUGCGGCUCAUGUUCGGCGCGCGCCGCGACCUGCAGCGACAGGAGAGCAAUCGCUCCGAGCAGUACCCGCACCUGCAGUGCCCGCCCACGUUCCAGCCGGAGACGUACUCGCUGUCCCGCCCCCCGCGCGACGCGGCCCCGCCCCCCGCGCCCGCGCGCGACUGACGCCCCGCCCCCGCCGCGCCGCUCGCGCUGCUCUAGGCGAGGGGGGGAGCUCGCGUGAGUACGGGGCCACCGAGCGGGGCAGCUCGCCGACGAGAGAGCCUCCUCGCCCUUUAUGCGUCCCGGUACCUCCUGAGUCCUGGUACCCUGGUAACUGAAUGGCGGCGGUGACCUACUCCGAACACCGAGCUCGCGGAUGUCUCCCGGGCGAGUCUCUUCCGGUCCCGAGUACUUUAGGGUAGACUGUAUAUACUAUUUUAUUAAUAAUUAAUUAAUUCGAUCGAAUGUAUUAUGUUCUAGGAGUAACAAAUAAUACAAGUCCCUCCCGACCUCCCAUGCCCCGCCGUCUCCCUCCUGCUGCCGUCAGGGCAGCCCCUAUAUAUUAAAUAUUAGAAUGUAUCAGAUUCAUUAGAACAAUGUAAAAAUACUUAUAAAAAAAUAUUCACAGUAUCAUAUCUUACGUCAGUUUAAUAACAACCAGAAUUAUAGAGAUGAGUACACUUAAUCAGAGGGCAGCACUUGGACGUGUGAAUCUGUAGAAUGUCGGUUAUAGUCCGGGAGCUGAAGGCACUUUCCUCGCCUAACCUUUGUGACAGUAAUUUAAAAGUGAAACUACGUAGAUAGAUACAUAGAUAGAUUACACUUUAUUGUAUUGUACACGACACAGAUUAAAAAUACAUAGCACAUGGAUACGACCUAUUUAGCGUACAACUUUGCGACCUUAUCGCUGCCUAGCGAUCUCUUCCAGACUACCAGGCAACUUUGUAUUAUUUGUUAUUCGUAUGAUUAUAUCUUAAAUUUAUUUUUUAAAUUUCUUUAUUCCUACUAAUUUCUAUACGUAGUUAUAUUAUAUUUUUCACUAGUUAUCGAAUUCCGAGUUAUUCACAAAAUUAUUUAUCUACAAAAGGUACUUCUACACCGAACGGCUUUGGAAUUCGAUCUCUCGUUUCACCACCAUUGAUGAUUUAGGAGACAUUCGUAUUUGUAGAUAUUCUAUUUGAUUUGUGUUUGAUAAAUUUUGUUUCGAUUUUUAUGAUUUCUAAUAAAGACUAAUGAAGAAAGUAAUUGAAACGCACAAACGCACAUGUAUCUAUUGUGGGUACUUUUUAUGUAAUUUUUAUAUUGGAUGAAUAGGAGGUCGUCAGCAACAAUUUUCAAGUUGUAGUGUUACCGCAGCAAUGAGUGGUUUUCAUACUAAAAGUCUGAUUUGAAGGUUGUUAUAUAUCUGACGGCGUUUUUGAAACAAGUAACCUUUUACUCGUUCAUAAAUAAAUUAAAAAAAAAAUUAGAAAAAAAUUUUUUUUGGAAAUUUCUAAUGAGCAAAAAAAAGUUAUUGUGCCAAAGUAAUAUUUGCUAUUAUACAAAUAUAAGUAUACUAUAAGGUAUUUAAGAAUAUCUGUUUUUAAAUAGUUUGUAUAUUUGAAGCGAUAUCAGUCUCAAUAUAUAAUAUCUAAACAAUAAGUAAUAAAAUUUACAAGUAAUUGACUCAAACGUAUCAAUUAUACUACUGAGUAAAGUCGAACGUCUUUAUUGGUGUUUAAAGAGUUAUUACGAACGAAUAUGAUGAGAAUUAAUCGGGGAAAUUUUAUAUAAAGUACAUUUUACGCAAUAAUUUAAUUUUUGUAUAUUAUUUGUUGACAAUCAAUCGUUUGAGCAAUCAUCGUACUUGCCAGUAAAAAAUGUUGUCUUAUAUAUUUUGCAUCUAAAUAAUUAAUCUUUAAAACAAUAUUUAAUUAUUGAAAGCAAUCCUGAUUUUAUUAAUAAAUGCUCAAGUUCUUUACGAACUAAAUAAAUUAUUCCAAUUACUAUUUUGAUAAAAUUAUGUAGAAACAAUAUACAUAUUCAUGACAUAAAUUACUUUGAAAUACGUUGAGUAUUUGAAGCACACCGGUCAUACGGCAAGACUUGUCGAGAGAGACGGCAUCCGUUGACCGUGAUACAGCAGACAUAUAUGUCAGAGAGAGAUGGCGAUACAAUGACUGGCGUUUUGAACGUUAUAAUAAAUUUGAUGUUCUAUAUGCGCUUCUCAAAGUUAUACGAGUGAUUUUUAUGAUUCUUUUAUCGUGGUUAUCUAUAUAUUAUGAGACAAGUUAUGUUUUGUUGAUGACGUCGAUUCAUUUUACAAAUAAAUAAUCAUUAUUCGCGUUUGAUGUUUCAAAGUAAUUUUAUAAAUAAUUUGAAAGAGUCGUAUGAUUUUUCUAGUGUACUGUCAGCCAAAUCAGCUUGAAGAUGUUAUUGCGUUUGUAAUAUUGCACCGUCAGUAGAUUAGUAAAUAAAUCAAUAAUUUUUGUAUAUAUAUUUUAUAUUUAUUGGGAGUUUCUUAAUAAAAUAUAUUGAACGUAAUUUUUAAUCACGAAUUUCUUCAACUCCAAAUAUUGCAUGGCCCUCACGCUCGCUUUCAUAAUCUAUGUUAAUGAUAAUUCGUUCUGAUAUUGUAUUAUAUAUAUGUCGUGCGAUCGUUGGUAAGAACGCGUGAAUCUUAGUCGAUGAUCGUGGGUUCAAACCCGGGCGAGCACCUCUGAAUUUACAUAUGCUUAAUUUCUGUUUAUAAUUCAUCUCGUGCUUUUCGGUGAAGGAAAACAUCGUGAGGAAACCUGCAUGUGUCUAAUUUCAUCGAAAUUCUGCCACAUGUGUAUUCUACCAACCCGCACUAGUGCAGCGUGGUGGAAUAAGCUCCAAACCUUCUCCUCAAAAAAGGGAGAGGAGGCCUUAGCCCAGCAGUGGGACAUUUACAGGCUGUUACUGUACUGUACUGUACUGUGCGAUCGUUGGAUUGGCCACACCGUGAUAUUUAUUUCUCCAUUCUCCACAAUCAUGGCAUUACGUUUUCCCCAGCUAAUGUCAUGAUAUUACGGCAUUCAUAUUUAUUGUGACAUUUUUUGCGACGUAGAUUUUCAUUUUCCCCCAAAUAAGAUAAGAAUAUUAAACAAAAUUACAUGACACCUCUAACGCUACUUGUGCGAGAUCUCGAGGCGCAUGGUAGCUAGUACAAACCGGUGUAAUCUGAAUUUUGUCAGUGUGUGUAUUAUUAUUUUUUUCACUACUACGAACGCAAAAACGUCUCCAAGCCGAUUUAUCAGUAAUUGAAAGAUAGUGUUUUUCUUUAUUUUAAUUAUCGUGUAGUACAUAUAUACGACUGGACAUUGGUCCCAGCAAAAGCGUACGUCCGGUGUCGUACAAAGAUAUAGAGGAGUUUAUUUACAAAUAAUAAAUUGUACCGUUAAAUAGAUGUUAAAUCAAAUUCAUUAAAUGAUUACACUAUAGUUAUAUUUUGGUGGCGUAAAUUGAUUGGCUCGAAAGUUGUUAUUAAUUAUGCACUCAUUAUUUAGUGUUUAUUAAUUCAAUCUUAGGGAAAUGUAGAUACAAUCUAAUGUCUAAUUUGAAAAUGGUAUUGAAAUAUUUGAUCUUGAAACCGAAUGUCAAAUCUAUCGCGACGGGCGCGCAGUGGACGCGGGCUUUAUUGGCGGUGUUAGUGCGAUGUCGUUACGAGGGAGUUUCAAGUUAAUAUCGAUUAGAAAUUUACGAUUUAUCUAAAUUAUACGUCUUAUAAUUGUGCUCAAUUUUAUGGCUAUACAUUUUGUUGCUUUAUACAAAACAAAAUCUUAAUCGAAUUUUUAAAAUAUGUUUUAUUUAUUUAUUCUUAAGUAAAACGACCGUAUUUCUAAAUCUCUGUAUAAUAUACGAAUCGAAUAUUGUGUAAUGAAGAAAGUAUACGAAAAUAUUGUAACUGUAAAAGAAACAAAAUGAAAUGUAAUUUGCAUGUGUGCAAAUAUUGGAGUACUAUGGUGCUUGCUAAUGGUAGCUAAGUUUUAAAAAUAUACACGAAUUUUGUAUAUUUGGAAUAAAAGUUACUAUUAUCGAUUGAUAGAUGGACGGACGGACGGUUCUUCAAUAAAACGAUACGUAUGUAUACUACGUGUAUUUCGAUAGAAAUAAAUGGCUUUAUUGAAAGUCUUUAAUGUACUAUAAGGUGUUUAUUAAUAGCCGCUUGCUCCCGGGAGAUUAAUGCGACGCGACACUCGGGCGCGCUCGCUGCGCGGACACGCGACUAGGAAACUAUCACAUGCGUAUAUGCGUAUCAGUCUUGGGGCGGGUUAAUAGUAAGGAAAUUACUAUUUAAAUCGAAUAAUAUAUAGCAGAUGUAAAUUCAUAUAUUACUUGUGAACGGCUCGAAUGUUGGGAAACAAAAAUGUUAGGAAACUUGCAGGACUUGUGGAGUUUUAUAACAAAAUAAGAUCGACAAGUUUAUAUUAAAUGGUUGGACUUUGUGCUAAGCAUGUACAAUCCACUCAUCAUAUAAUUUAAAACUAAAAUCAGUCCUUAGAGUUGUGUUUCGGUUUGAACUUACAGUGCCAAUGUUUAUGGGCGGUGGUGACGUCAACACCAGGUGACGUCAUCGUCAUUUGCCAGUGUAAUAUUUUCAAAAAAAAAAAGUAAAUAAAUAUUAUUGUUGUGUUACGUUUUUAAUUAAAAUAAAAGAAAAAAAAAACUUAAAAAUAGUUAGUUUCGAAUCGAAGAAUUCCCGAAUUGGAUAAUGCGCUUUUAAUGAUUUAUAAUGUUAUAUAGUAAAAUGUACGUAUGGGUAAUUUUGUAGGAUUUAAAUUUAUAUAAACUUGUAAAUACAGAUAAAUGAAGUCCAGUCGUAAUGGAAGUGCCUGUCGCCAGCGAAAUAAGUACACGAUGAUUUUUGCAAACGCGUCCAAGUGAGCAAGCGGAUAUGUAAACACAUAUUUGAGAUGAUUCGUGUUCUAUUUUAUAGUUUGAAAAUUUAUUAUAUUAUAGAAAUUAUGAAAUGUAUGUGAAUAUUAUAUUUAAUCGCUUUUCUAUUGAAAUUCCUUUAAAUGUUUCAAAUGUUAAUUUUAACUAAAGUUUCAAUAAUAUUUUGUUUUUAAUCUAGAUAAGCCUAAUUUCUUUUUAAUUUAAGCGAUAUUUAAUAAUGCUUUUUUUUGUAUGAUAUGUUCUUUAGCGCAAAAGUGUUUCGACCGUAUAAUUACAUAUAUUAGUAUUUUUAUAUUUGAAAAGCAAUGUUUUAUCAAACACUUUUGCACUAAGUACAUUUAUAAUGAUUAUAUUGCUAUUUUUUUUAAAAGUGAUUCCUUUUGAAUGUUUACGAGUGUGACGGGAGGAUUUAAAAUUCGUUAAUAAAACACCGUGAAAAUAUUGCUCCUAAGUACAGUCAACGAAAUAAGUGUUAUUAAUGACUGUUUAUAUCCUAUCCUUGCAUGUAGUGUUAAGUCAGCUAAUAAGAGGCCUAUUAAACGUAGAUAGGUGAAGUGUUUGUCGGUGAUACUCAGCUUUAUCGUAGCUAGAAAAUAAAUUAUAUAGUCUAUAUAUACUAUCAUAUUAUUGUAAUUUUAUAUAUUUCCGAUUGAUAUAAUGCUAUUUUAGAAACUGUUCAUAUUUACCGUCACUGAUAGUGUUUGUAGACGACCUAUGUAUUCAUAUGUAAAAUAAACGUGGCUAUACGCGAGACGUGACUUCCGAAGUUAUUGUGACGUGUCGGAACAAACGUCCGACGUUACUGUCUGAUGUCGGAACAAACCCAGUGUGAGAGGGCUUUAGUAAAGCCAACUUAUUUGCAAAAAUAUUAAUUUUAUUAAUUCUGAUCGUUUAUUAAAAUUACGGAUUAUAAACAUCGUUCAAGAUGAAUAAAUAUAUUACUACUGUUAUAAAAUUCAAUAUAUUAUAUGAGGGUAUAUAUAUAUAGUAUUGCCAAUCUUUAUGAAAAUUUAAGCCUAUUUUUGUUAUGGCAACAUAGUAUGUCAUACAGUAGUGGGGAGAGGGGAUAUGUCAGAGAAGUUAAUCUGAUGAGUUAUUUCUUACAUUGGCAUUGCGCGGUCAAGCGUAAUAAAUUGUAGAAUGGUUGCCGCGAACGAAUAAUAAUGAAAGCUAUUUUUUUUUUUAGUCGGAACUAAAUUCAAUAAUAUUUUGUAUUGAUUGUCUGACAUGAAGUAAGGGGAGCUAUUCCGGUCUGUGAUAGGCAUUGUCAAAUAGUUAGCUAUAAUUAAACAUGUUCGUACAUAACUAACGGUGAGGCUAAAUUUUUAUAAAGACAUGGCUUGGGGUUUAUAUUUUUAUAAACGGAGUGUAAAAGUAAACGAAUGUUCCAAGUGUUUAGCGUGUAAUGGAUUUUGUAUAAGGUAAUGAUACAGCGACAUAUUUAGAACGUUAAUAUCAAACUGUUCAAUUAUUUACUUAAUAAAUUGAUUUGAUAAA